UUUAUUUUUAUUUUUAGAUUAAUUUUCAGAGAAUUUUUUCUUAGCAGAUGGUCUAACGCAUUAACGUAAUACCCAUCUGUUCAAUUUUGUUUCUUUUCAGUUUGGGUGCUUAGGUUGGUGAAAAGAAUGGAUCUUGGGAGGAAAGUUGUUUUGGAUUUUGUUAGAAGAUGAAUUUUUGCUAUAAUAUGGAAGGUGGGGUUUUGGAUUUAGGUUCAUUGCCUCUAACCAUCGUUAUCGAAUGCCGAUGCAUGUUGCGUUCGGCAUUCGAUUUGUUCAUUGUUGAUUCCAAAGCUUUCUUUGAGAGUGGUUUUUCAUUCAUCUCACUUGAAGCUGACCAACAACACCUUUGACCCUUACGUUGUUUUGAAUAACACCAAAAGCCAAACCCUAAAAGGAAAGGAAAAAAACAAACAUUUAUAAGGCUAAUCUCUUAGCCUACAAAUGGACUCUGGUAUUGUAUUCUCAUUGCCGCCCAACAAUGAUUUCAAAAUAGGAGAGUCUCGUGAUUUCGAGGUCGUUGUAGAGAAAGAUCCCACCGGUCGAUAUCUUCGGUACAACGAAAUAUUGGGCAAGGGUGCUUUCAAAAUUGUUUACAAGGGUUUUGAUGAAGUUGACGGAAUAGAAGUUGCUUGGAACCAAGUUCGAAUUGAUGAACUCUAUCAAUCAGUUGAUAAUCUUGCAAAGCUGAAUUUUGAAGUUGAUCUAUUAAAGUCUCUAAAACAUGAAAAUAUCAUAAUGUUCUUUAACUCUUGGGUUGAUGACAAGAAGAAAACCAUCAACAUUAUUACUGAGUUAUUCACAUCUGGAAAUUUAAGGCAAUACCGUAAAAGGCAUAAAUAUGUUGACAUGAAAGCCAUAAAAGGUUGGGCUAGGCAAAUUCUUCAAGGCUUGGUAUACCUUCAUAGUCACGAUCCACCUAUUAUUCAUAGAGACUUGAAAUGUGACAACAUCUUUGUGAAUGGAAACCAUGGAGAAGUUAAGAUAGGAGACCUUGGUUUGGCAAUUGCAAUGCAACAACCAACUGCUCGGAGUGUUAUUGGGACUCCUGAAUUUAUGGCUCCAGAACUAUAUGAAGAGGAAUACAAUGAACUUGUUGAUGUUUAUUCGUUUGGGAUGUGCAUGUUGGAGAUGGUUACUGUUGAGUACCCAUAUAGUGAAUGCAACAAUCCAGCCCAAAUUUAUAAGAAAGUAACUUCUGGUAUUGAACCUGCAUCCCUUAAAAGAGUAAGCGAUCCCCAAAUUAAGGAGUUUAUUAAGAAAUGUCUCGUCCCAGCAUCCAAGAGAAUGUCUGCAAAGGAUCUUCUUAAAGACCCAUUUUUGCAAGUUAAGAGUCUAAAACAAUCAACCAUUGAUCCCUUACAAUUACCUAAUAACUCUUUGAAAGCUAUAGAUCUUUCCAAGUCUAGUCAGCUAUCCAUGGACUUAGAUGCUGACUAUCAACACAUAUCUUUAAGCACCUGUGUUGAUGAAAAUAGUCAAGGAAGUCCUCAUUGUCCAGUUCAUGAAGUUCAAAAGGCUUAUGAGAACAAUGAGUUUAAGUUGAAAGGGGCCAAAAAUGAUGAUAACUCAAUAUCAUUAAUCUUACGUAUUGCUGAUUUAUGUGGUCGAGUAAGAAAUAUACAUUUUCUCUUUUACCUUGAGACGGAUACUGCAGUCUCUGUUGCCUCGGAGAUGGUAGAAAAUUUGGAGCUAGAAAACAAUGAUGUAGCUUUCAUAGUCGAGCUUAUUGAUUACUUGAUUAUGAAACUUGUGCCUGAUUGGAAACCCUCAUUUAAUUAUUCCUUUAGUGGAGGAUCAAGUCAGUGUGGUGGCUCUCCAACACAAGGAGAAAGUCAAGCCUUAAUUUCAUGCCCCUGGGGUCCUGUCCUUGCUAGUGUUCCAUCUGAAUUAGUUUUGGAUCAAGAUAACUCAUACGGAUUUAAUGCUAAUCAAGGAGAAGGUUUUACAACAACUACAAAAGGCUACAUAUCUAAUGUUGUUGAUAAGGUUGUUCUUGAGGAUAAGCAUAAUUUUUCUAGUUUGUCUAGCUUGGAAGAUAGAUAUUCAGAAGAAUCCAUAGCUUCUAAUAUAGCUAUUGAAGAUACUUGCAUGAAAAAUAACAUUUAUCUUGAUUAUGAUGUUGAUGGGAGCUUAAAAGAAUUAAGUUGGUCCACCUCUGAAGUGGAGCUUGGCGAUAUGUGCUUUGAAGGCUAUAAAUUGCAUACUAUAGAUUGCAAUGUUGGAGAAAAAAUUGAGAUAAGUGAAUUCUCAAAGAACUCACACUUUAUAACUCCAUCAUUAUGUGAAACAUCCAAUCUUAUAAGUCUUACAAGCAAUUGUUCUUCCUUAUCUUUAGUUGACAAAGAAAUUGACCUUGAACUAAAGUUUGAACUUGAUGCAAUUGAGUCACAGUAUCAACAUUGGUUUCAAGAGCUUUCGAGAUUAAAGUUGGAAGCAGUGGAAGCCACGAAAAGGAGAUGGAUAACCAAAAAGAAAAUUGGUCAUUGACUUUGAGCUUGUCUGCUAACUUCUUUUUGCCUUUGUCCAAGUUAUUUCAUUAUUGUAUAAUUUGUGACAUUUAAUUUGAGUUGUGUAUUGGAUAUGGCUCCUUUUAGAGAAAGUCAAUAUUCUUACUCGACCUUUUUUAA